CUAGCUUGCGAGUUGAAUUCAAAAUUGCUACAAAAAAUCGGAAGUUGUCGUUUCGUUAUCGGCAACUUUCGGCAAGAGAAUGUUUUUGAAAAGGAAAGAAAAUGGCGGCGGAAUUGAAUGAAAUGGUUCGAAAACAGCUGCUGGAAAACAUCAACCAAGGAAAUAUCGAAGAAGUUCGCCGUAUAUUAGAUCUCGGGCAGAUAAAAGUUGACAGUUUGGACGAGGAUGGCAUGACACCACUAAUGCAAGCAGCAUACAAAGGAAAACAUGAAAUUUGUCAAUUACUAAUAGAUAAAGGAGCAAAUGUCAACUGUUCAAAACAUGAACACAAGUACACUCCACUGAUGUUUGCUUGUUUAUCAGGUUCAUUGGAAGCAACAAAGGUUCUCCUCGAGGCUGGGGCAGAUAAAACAGCACAGAAUAACAUAAACAGAACAGCAUCUCAAUUAGGAGCAUUUACAGGUCGACAUGAAUGUGUUAGCCUAAUCAACAAUUUUAUAUCAAUGGCGGAUUUAGAAUCUUAUACAAAAGUUCCAGAUAAUGAAACUUCACCAAAGCUUGAUCCUAAACUGUUGGAACCUCUGCAAAAAUACAUCCUUAACAACAAUUUAAGUCCUGUUAGGUUAGUAUUAUAUCUGAAAGAAAAUAUGGUGUUGGUCGAGGAGUACAAGUCAGUCGUAAAAAUACUACAUUUAAAAUGCGAGUCGUCUUUAAAAGAUCCUGAUAAGUCGAGUGAAGUUAUGUCGAUGAAGUUGCACUAUCUCGGCUGUGUCUUGCAACAUUCCGGGAGAUGGCAUCUUGGCAUUCAGGGACAGAAUGGAAUUGAUGGAUUUUUGAAGUAUUUAAUCAAAGGUCGUCCCAGUGAUGGUUUUCCAUUGGGAACGGAAGAUUUUAUCAGGCAGGCAAUUCGCGAGUAUAGUUUUCCAGAAACAACCAUAUUACGACAGCUGGUCACAUCGAUAGCCCCUGUUAAUAAGGGUGAUCAACCAACAGCUUUGACGUGUUUAACCCAAGUUAUUAAUGGCAUUCAAAGUAUCCAACAUACCAAUAUAUGUGGGACUUGCUCUCAACCAAACGCUGAAAAACGAUGCUCAGCUUGCAAAACGGUCACGUAUUGCAAUACGAUUUGUCAAAAACUCCAUUGGUUCACCCACAAGAAACACUGCAAGCUCGCCACCUCUAAAGACAAUGAAAAUAAAAACAGCUAAGAUAAAUAAUUUUUUUUAUUAACGAAAUAUAUAUAUUAUAUAGAUGAAUAGCAGUAUUGUAUUAUUGUGCAAAUUUAACAGCAGUUCCUCUCAGGUUAAUGGUAUUAUAGGUAGGGAAAGUUUAUUGUAAACGAGGUAAGUGCAAAUAUAGGCCAUUGUAGAAUACGCCAACUUUAAUGAACACUGGCCUGUUGUACAAAACGGCAGUUUUAAAACAGUUGUAAAAUCACUAUCCAUUGGAUAGCAUCACUACCAGCCUUCGUACAACCGACCUCAGUAAAUUUUGGCUAAUCCGUGAUAUUAUGUAAAAUAGCUGAUUAGCAUUAUGAAAGUAUAAGUAUUAUUUUCAUUUCGCGAUAUCAGCAAAGAAGCUUACUACUUUACCAUAUUGUAAAUUCUGAAAGAAAUGUGAAUCCUAUAUCUGGUUCAAAUGCACCGGAUGAAAUGAGCAGACGCACAAGGAACAUACGCAUGCGCAUUUCGAUAAUUAUGUUCAUUUUCGGUUCUCACGGUCAAAUAAGCACAAACAUUUGAAAAUUU